UGGAAGACGUCAAAGUCGAGUCGCUUCUUGUGUGCCAGGACUAUGAGCGCACCGGAGCACAAUGGCGGAGGCCGGCGCUCUUGAAGAACUCCAGUUAGAACUCACCUGUCCGGUGUGCUUGGAGCUCUUCCUUGAGCCGGUCAUCUUGGAGUGCGGCCACCAUUUCUGCCAGGUGUGCAUCGUCCAUUGCUGGGAGGCCAAGGCGGACGAACUCGCUUCUUGUCCCAAGUGCCGCAAGACUUGCGGCCGUAAACUGCGACCCAACUCGCUCCUGCGCAACGUGGUGGAUAGUGUUCGUCGAGGCCGGGCCAUGGACGCCGCCGGGGUCGCGCUGCCGCCCGGCUGCGAUGACCCGGAUGGUGUGGCCGAGGAGCUGGAGGAGCGGGAGGCCGGCUCGAGCAUGGGCAGCGUGGCUUCUUCCAUCGGACUCUGGCCGCGGCUUUAUGGGCCGGACGUGUGCGAGGAGCAUGAGGAGAAACUGAAACUUUACUGCGAGGACGACCAGCUGCCCAUCUGUCUGGUUUGCGGCAUGUCGAGGGACCACAAGACGCACAACGUCAUCCCGAUCAACGAGGCCUUUGAGAACUACAAGGAUCAGCUGUCUGUGGCUCUGGAGAGAGUUCAGCUCCAGUCAGAGGAUGCCUCACUUUUCCAAAAACAAACCAAUGAGAAAAUCCUUCUCAUCAAGGAGCGAGCUGGUGAUUUGGAUGAGCAGAUCACUGCGGAGUUUGGUGGUCUGAGGGAGUUCCUCCAGGAGGAGGAGGAGCGUGUGAAGGAGGAGGUGCAGAAGCAGAAAGAGGAGCAAGUGAGGCAGCUGGAGGACGCGCUCACAGAGGCCACGCAGCAAAGUAGUCGGCUGGAGAACACGGUGGAGCAGCUCCAACUCAAACUGAUGGAGGAAGACAACCCUGAGCAACUGAAGGGGAUUAAAGACUUCAUUGGAGGGGCUGAGAGUUUGUUUGAGCGCCCCCCAGAGGUGAGUGUGGAUCUGCAGUCAGGACAGAUUCUUGGACCUCUGCAGUACAGGACCUGGAGGAAGAUGAGCCAGGUUUUCCAGCCAGCUGUGACUGCAGUGGUCCUGGACCCGGACACGGCCUACCCCUGCCUGUGGGUUUCCUCGUGUGGCACCAGCGUCCAGGUGGGCAAACUUCAGCCUAACCUGCCCAACAACCCGGAGCGCUUCACCCGCUACAACAUCGUCCUGGGAACCGAGGCCUUCUCUGCGGGCCGACACUACUGGGAGGUGGAGGUGGGCUCCAAGACGGCGUGGGGUCUCGGCGUGGCUCAAGCCUCCGUCAACAGGAAGGAGGAGGUCAACCUUUGCCCCGAGGACGGUUUCUGGACUGUGGUGCUGAGGGACAACGGAGACGGCACGUGCGAGUACGAAGCCUGCAUGGACUCGGAGGAGGACGGCUUGUUGUAUCCCUCCAAGCCUCCUCGGCGGGUGGGCCUCUUUUUGGACUACGGCCGCGGAGAGGUGGGCUUUUAUGACGCCGGGGACAUGAGCCACCUGUUUACCUUUUACGAUGCCAAAUUCAAAGAGCCAGUUUUCCCUUACUUCAACCCCUGGCCUAUUAUGAACGGAUACAACCGGGAGCCGCUCACCGUCGUCACGCCGCACUGGCAUUAGACGUAUGGAUUAUUUUAUUCAGCAAAAAGUAUUUACCUGUAACAUAAAAAAAGACCAAAAAGUUAGCUGUAAUAUAUAUUUGAUUAAUUAUAAAAAUGUUUUGCUAAAUGUCACUGUCCUAAAGAAGCGGAAUGAUUUUUGCAAUUGCUAUCUUUUGCCACAAGAGGGCGCCAAUGCCCACUAAUGCUGCUGUAGUUACAUUUCUGACUUUCUACACUUAAAUGACUUACUAUACUUCCUCAAUAAGUUGUAUUAUUAUAUUUUAAGAAGCUAGCAAUUUAGCACAAUGCUUAUCAUAUUCUUUAUGUGUAAAAAACCCAAAAACAGACAACAUUGGGACACGGCGUGACCUUGAAAUGAACCUGGAGUAAACCUAGUGAAUAUCUAUUUCCACUUCAUCAGCUGAUAGUCUUUCUUUUUGUCACUUUGAUGGACUGACGGUGUCGCACUUC